GAGAGAGAGACAGGGAGCUGAAGGAGGCCGCGCCGGCGGUGGGCGAGGGGCGCUGCGAGAAACAGCAGCAGCAGCAGCCGAGGGAACAUCUCCAGGCCUGCACUGGCAACCGACAAGGGGAAGCUGAACGAGAGGAGGCACUGGUCCCGCCUGGUUCUCUCUGAAAUCUAACACCCUCCUCAGUCUGGCCGCAUGAUGCCAUCCAAUACCAACACAGCCCCUGCCCUGGAGGAAGGAGUUGGGACCCAGAUGAAUGAUGAGCAGCCAGAGAAAAAUAGAAACAAGGAGAAAAGACGAGGCAGGCCAGGGAGAAAACGCAAGCAAACUAUGGUCUUCUCCUUUCUCUGGCACCGGGCCAGCUGCGUUCAAGAUAACCGUGUCUACAUGCGGCCUAGCCAGCAGUCCUUAAAGGGACCGCUGGAGACCGCCACCAUAAAGGUGGACAUCAAUGAAGCUUCCAGUGAAAUGGUGACAGCCCCAAAGUGCCAAUCUUCCCAGGAGUCAUCAUCACAGGUACACAAUGGAGAGGUGGAAAGUAACCAGCAAGCCAUCGGCAACUCCCAGCAGUUUGGAGAAAGGAGUGUUCCUGAGAAUGGUGACCGUGGAAAAUCUGUCCCUCAGGCUCAGAACUUGAAAGAUCAAGAGUCCAAUGAAGAAAGCACAAGUCUCGAUGGAGAAGUUGAAAUAGAUUUAGAGAUGGAGAAUGGAUGUUAUACCCUGAAAGAUGGACAGGAUUCUGAAAAGGGAGAAAAUGAGAAGGUACCAUCCAAUCACAGAAAGAAAUACAAAAAGCGACAAAUAGAAGCUGCUGAAAAAGGAUCUGAGGAAGACACCACAUCAACACAGGAAUCAGUAAAAAUAGAGGGAACGAGGGGCCGGCGUCGUGGCCAAUCGGGAUGGGAAAGUAGUCUGCGUCAGAGACCAAUGCAGCGAAUAACGUUCCAGGCCGGUGAUCCCUAUUACAUCAGCAAAAGGAAGAGAGAUGAGUGGCUGGCAAAAUGGAAGAAGGAGUCUCUCACCUCCAUGUAUCCUUCUCCCGGUAGGAGGGUGAGUAAAAAGGCUGCAGACCCCACUGAUGCUUCUCAUUUGAAUGCCACUACAUUGCUUAGCCAAGAUGAAGCACUCUUACCGUGGGGUGAGAUGGAAAGAAUAUCAUAUUUUCCCCGAAGUGGGAAUCUUCACCCCCUCCCCCAGACUGAGGCUGAGAAAAGGGCAAAACUUGUGGCUGUGAUGAAUGCCCAGGGAGAGAGCCCAGCUCAGAAGGAGAAAGAAACAAGCACAAUCAUUUCACAGCAGUCCUCUGAUCCAACACCUUCCAGCAUUUCAGCAAGUCCAGAACCGACAGUCAUCACAAAUGAAACCGCUGAGAAAACUGUGUCCAAACUCAUCGAUGAGGAAGCAGAGUAUGAAGAUGGACGUGGAUUUGGCAUUGGUGAGCUGGUCUGGGGGAAGCUAAGGGGAUUCUCCUGGUGGCCUGGUCGCAUUGUGUCCUGGUGGAUGACUGGCCGAAGUCGGGCGGCUGAAGGAACGCGAUGGGUGAUGUGGUUUGGAGAUGGAAAAUUUUCUGUUGUCUGUGUAGAAAAGCUGAUGCCUUUGAGUUCUUUUUCUACUGCCUUUCACCAGCCAACCUAUAGCAAACAGCCUAUGUAUAGGAAAGCAAUUUUUGAAGUCUUACAGGUGGCAAGCAACAGAGCAGGAAAACUCUUUCCAACACAUUCUGGGAAUGAUGAGUUAGAUACUGCCAAAGGUGUGGAAGCCCAAACCAAACAGAUGAUCGAAUGGGCUUUGGAAGGAUUUCUGCCUUUGGGGCCAAAGAGUUUGGAACCACCGGAAGAGGAACGAAAUCCUUACAAAGAGGUUUAUACAGAAAGUUGGGUGGAGCCUGAAGCUGCUGUUUACCCUCCGCCUCCCCCAGCCAAAAAAGCAAGAAGAAGCACAGAGAAGCUAAAAGUCAAAGAAAUCAUAGACGAACAGACUCGAGAGAGGCUAGUCUAUGAUGUGAGGCAAAAUAGCAGAAACAUUGAAGAUAUCUGCCUUGCCUGUGGAAGUCAAAAUAUUUCUCUUGAGCACCCUCUCUUUAUUGGAGGCAUGUGCCAGAGUUGUAAGGGCUUACGGCAAGUUAAAACCGGGAAUUGCUUCUUGGAGUGUGCAUACCAGUACGAUGAUGACGGUUACCAGUCCUACUGUACCAUCUGCUGUGGGGGCAGGGAGGUACUCAUGUGCGGAAACAAUAAUUGUUGCAGGUGUUUCUGUGUGGAAUGUGUGGAUCUGUUGGUUGGACCAGGUGCUGCACAAGCAGCCAUUAAAGAAGAUCCCUGGAACUGUUACAUGUGCAAUCAUAAAGGAAUCUUUGGACUGCUAAGGCGGAGGGAGGAUUGGCCAGUCCGGCUCCAACAGUUUUUUGCUAAUAACCAUGACCAGGAAUUUGACCCACCAAAGUUGUUUGCACCCAUUGCUGCUGAGAAGAGAAAACCCGUUCGAGUACUGUCACUUUUUGAUGGCAUAGCCACAGGACUCCUCGUGCUAAGGGAUCUGGGGAUUCAAGUGGAACGCUACAUUGCAUCGGAGGUCUGUGAUGAUUCCAUCACAGUGGGUAUGGUCCGGCACCAGGGGAAGAUCAUGUAUGUGGGAGAUGUUCGAAAUGUUACUCGAAAACAUCUACUGGAGUGGGGACCAUUUGACCUGGUGAUUGGUGGAAGUCCCUGCAAUGAUUUGUCCAUAGUGAAUCCUGCCAGGAAAGGACUUUAUGAGGGCACAGGCCGCCUGUUUUUUGAGUUCUACCGACUUCUCCAUGAAACAAGGCCUAAAGAAGGGGACAACAGACCAUUCUUCUGGCUGUUUGAGAAUGUGGUGGCAAUGGGAGUUAGUGACAAGAGGGAUAUCUCCCGCUUUCUCGAGUGUAAUCCUGUGAUGAUUGAUGCCAAGGAAGUCUCUGCUGCCCAUCGAGCCCGGUACUUCUGGGGUAACCUUCCUGGUAUGAACAGGUUGGUGAAAGAACGACCGUUGGUUGCCAUGUAUAAUGAUAAGCUUGAUCUUCAGACAUGUCUGGAGCAUGGCAGGACAGCAAAGUUCAACAAAGUGCGAACCAUCACCACUAGAUCUAAUUCUGUCAAGCAGGGCAAAGACCAGCAUUUCCCAGUCCUAAUGAAUGAGAAGGAAGACAUUCUCUGGUGCACUGAAAUGGAAAGGGUGUUUGGUUUCCCAGUCCAUUACACAGAUGUCUCCAAUAUGAGCCGCCUUGCCCGGCAAAGACUUCUCGGGCGAUCCUGGAGUGUUCCUGUCAUACGUCACCUGUUUGCACCACUGAAAGAAUAUUUUGCCUGUGUUUGAAAACAAAGAAGACAAAGGAACUUAUUAAAAAAAGGAAAGAAAUUAAUUUACUCCAAGGAAAAAAAAAGUCACAUUCUCUUAGAUGUUACUUAAUUUCACUAUUUUAAAUGUCAUCCUUUUUAUCCUAUUUAAUUUUUUAAAUGUUUUUAAUUUUCAGCUAUUUUAAUGGGUGAUUUUGUAAUUAUUGUUUAUGUUGUGUUCAAGCUGUACUUGAGAUGAGGCUGUUCAAUCCUUUGCAGCACUGGGAAAAUGACAAUUUUGCCUUGUGUAGGUGGAUAGGAGCAGCAAGAAGAAGCUGGAUUUGAACAGAGCCUGGAACAUCAAGUCAGCCAGCUGAGCCUUGCCUUACCAGCACCAUUUCUGGUAUCUAUCUCGAGCAAAAAAAUCAACGCUACAUACAAAUACUAUAUAAUACUUCAGGUGCCUACAUCCAGAAACCAUGAAGAAACAGUAUAUCAGCUGCCAGUACCUCUCAUUUACAAUACACUGAUAGUUGUUCGAAAAAGGUACUACUGUGCAACAAUUUCUGCAAUGGUGCUUUUACAAAAGGUGAUUGAAAACAUCAGCUCUGAUGUUGCCUUACCGUUUACAAGAGGCAGAAUUGUAAAAUAAUCAGGAAAGAGCAACAUUUAAUGUUGUUAAGGUGGUCUUUAGUGGCUUGAGUGUGAAAAUGUAGUAAUGUUUUCAUUUUCUCAAGAAGUCACUUUUAAGGACUCUUGCCAUGACUGUAAUUUUUCUAUCAUGUUUGUACAAUAAGAAAAAAUAUAUAACAGAAAAUGGUGCUUUUUUCUUAAGCUUUCAUCCUUGGGCUAAGGCCUGGUGCUUACUUCACAGGUCACUUAUAGGCAGCACAAAUAGCCAGCCAACAUGCAGUGAUGUGUUUGGUCAUCCAAAACUAAAUGACAGGCUGCAGUUUUUUACUGAAGGACUGAUGAAUUUUUUACAUCUGUGUUUUCCUUUUAUUUUGGUUGAUUUUUUUAAAAUUUCCUAAGGGGUCUCUUUUAUACCAGGAAAUACCCCUCCUUGUAGCUGCAUAUAAUCAGGUACAAGUCAAUACAGUGCAGCUUGAUGGUGUAAUUUUGCCUCUUUUUUUUCUUUGUUCCCAUUUCCUUCCUUAUCCUUUGGCUUUUUUUUUGUUAAUCUACGUUUUUUUUGUUUAUAAGUUGUUUAUGCGAAUCGUAUUUCUGCUGUCAGUACUUGAUCAAACACAACCGUCAGUUUUCCUUGAAGCAGUUGUCGAUUCAUAUGGUGCUACACAUUUUUUUUCUGAAAUAUUGAAAGAAAUCUGCUUUCUUGACAAUGAUUUAUUAAAUUCUCAUAGUCAAGGAAAAGCACUAUUAUUUUACUCUUUUAAGAAAAGAAAAAGGCAUUUUAACUUUGUACUUGAAAAGAAAAAAAAUCAGUUUCAUGUGUUUUAGCCUAGACAGUGCCGUAGUUGGUGCUUAUUUGUGGGAAUCAUGUAUUCAUAUUGAAGACAAUGUAGUAAAUUUGCUAAUACUUUUACUGUUACAUAUGUAUUUGCUUGAUCCCCAGCAGCAGUGCAUUUUCUUUCCACAUUCCACGCAGCAAACAGUAUUUCUUUGGUUUUAUUUCUUCAUUUUACUGUCAUUAUAACUUUGAUAAUAUUUAUUGACGAUAAUGUGCAUUUCAAAGUUAAGAGAUUUCACUGAAGAUUGUAUUUCAGUGAAUAUUGUAUUACAGUGUAUUGCUCGUGACAUAGCUGUUUAUGGAAAGGUCAGUACGUGGAGCAGAUGUAGCAGUCAACCUCCACCCAUUUUCAAUGCGCAAAAUGCUCCUUUCUGAUGUACUUGUGCUGGAGAACACUUGAAUAAAUGUGUUGGUUUUUUUGUGCAAAGUGUACACAGUUGUGUAUCGGCUUGUUGUGUAUUCUUUUGUUCUUCUGGUAUAUUGUUUCUUUCUACUGUAGAUCCAGUUGGCUGACAUCUAGGGAAAUAAAAUCACGCCUUUGUGUGACCUGGUUCCCUUAAAUUAAUCAGUUAGUUGAGUAGGAUGUUUGCUGCUGAGGAGCAAAAAGAAAAUUCCAGAAGUUUUAUUCAGAAACAGCUAGCUUAUUAUAUUGGCACACUAGGAAAAAUGUUUCUAGUACUGUAUGUGAACAUUUUCAAACUCCAAUAUUUCCAUUUCUCAUACAAUGAAGGAACUCUGCUAUCCUGAAAGCUAAUGUAUUUCAGAUAUGUGCAUCUGAUCCUGUAAAUGGAAUCAAAUGCAACUCUGGCAAAUUUAUCAGAAACCAAUUCUCUGCCUAGUAUUUUAAACUGUGUGCUGCUGUGCUGUGGGGAAAUGAAGCUUGUAACACUGCAGUUUUUUCACCGCAUGGGUGGCCACACUUUGCUGCCUCCUUGCUUACCUGCUGACUUCAUUGUGGACAUGUUUCCCAGUACAAAUGGUCCCAGGUGCGUCACAUUAUCCAGAGUACUGAGUUACAAAGUGCUGAUUUUAUUAGAUAAUACACUUGUUGCACAAUCAACAUAAAAUUAAAGAACGAAAUGUUAAAGUUGACCUGUGGGGGUUGUUGUGGCACAGUGGUCCAGGUUCAAGUCCCACCUGCCCCCAAGAUGUGUCAUAACAUGUCCAAAAAGGUUAAUGAAAAAUAGUGAUUGAAGAUGACCUGUGCAAAUCUGUUCCUUUUGGAGCAGUGUUAGCCUAUAGUUGGGGAAGCACUUUUUAACUGGUAACAACUUGAAAGACUAAAAAGCUCUUUGUUUUCCCUCCUCUUCUAUAGCAUCCAGUUUUUUUCAGAAGGGAACGUUUAUGCCAAUAAAACUCAGAGCUUCUUAUAAAAUCUAUAUUCAAAUAACAUCCCAAUUAGAACAAUUAGUUCAGAUUAGUAACUAAUUACGAAUACUUAUUAAGUUUAAAAAAAUGUAGGGCUGGGGUAACUCCUGAUACUCCAGUAGCCAGCAGAUAUAAGGCCCCACCCCCUUAAUGAUAUAUUUUUCUAUUUAUAUUCUCCCAAUUUUUACCAUUUUUCCCUAACAUGACUGCUCACCUCAAUGCUAUUUUUCUUCAGCUAGGACAGUGGAGAGCUCCAAGCUGUGGUUUCUUUAGAAAUUAUACUACUGUUCUUUAUCUUCAACUAAUAGUCAAAGUGCAAUUAUCUGGAAUAAGCAGGCACUAAUCCUCUAUUAAAAUUGAAAAAUUCUUGAGAGCACUUGCUGAGCUGACAGUUUAAAAAAAGGGUUGAAUUGAUCUCAAUUUUAAAAAAGCAGAUUCAAGCAAUAUCAAUAUUCUUAAUUUUAACUUGCAGUCUCUGCAUUCUAAAGUGGUCCAGACAUUGUAGUGUUUUGUUAACCAGUAACAUUUAUCAAACUCAUAACUGGUAAAGUGGCCAAUUUGCUGCAAUGCUUGAGGAUAUGUCAGAGGGCAAGUUUAAAGGAAAUUUUUCUUUGCUUGUGACUGGACUGCUCAAUAUGGGAUUUUCGAACUGCAUUAAACUCCAGCUCAAAAGAAAAGAAAAUGAGGAGAAAGCCUGACCCAUUUAAGUUUCUUUUCUGCUGCAUGAUCUUAGCACAGCAACUCUCCACAGCUUGGGACUGUCCCUUCCUCCCCACUGAAGAAUAAAGCAUAAUGGUGCUAAAGGGUGGCAACUGUAAGGAUCUAAAGGGGGGGGGAAGAGGUACAAAAUAUUUUUUUAAAUGCUUAAAAAAGUACUCAGUACAUAAAAAUCUAGCUGUGAUAAAUUUGGAGUCCAUUCUGGAGCACAUUGUAUCACACCAGGGUUAAUGGCAACUCCAGUGCACAGAAAAACUAUCUUAAAGGGGCACUGAUGUCACAAAAAAGUAUUUUGAGAAAACUUUUUUUGUUUACGAAUUCAUAAUGCAAUUAUGUUAAUUGUUCAAAAAAUAUCACUGAAUCAGUCAGUCAUGAUAUCAUCAUGAUACAAAAUGGUGCAUGCCUAUUUUUUUCGCCAAACAAAAAAGGUUUGCCAAACACUUUUUCAUGAAUACAGUAUCCCUUUAAAUAUUAAAAUGAGGUAUUCUCUCAUCUCUUUCCUUUAAUAUAUAUAUACCCACACCCAUCAUUGAUAUUAUGAUUAUAUAAGGUGUAACCCUGCUAUGUGACUGUUACUGUAAGGAUGGUUAAUGUAACUGCUCAAAAUUUAUACUGGUACAUUUAUUUGUGACUGUAUGUCUGUUAAACCUCAAUAAAAUGUUAUACAAAAUUGCA